AUGGAGAACAGCACUCCAGGGCCAACAGGCGCGUCGACUCGGAAGCGGAAGCGUAAUCCGAUUGCCUGCAGCUCAUGUCGAGCUCGGAAGUCAAGGUGCGACGGUGUUAGGCCUCAGUGCUCCGCUUGCGUCGAACAAGGUAUCGAAUGUAUCUACGCAGCCAACUCUGGCGGAAGCAACGCACUGGUACCGAAACAAUAUCUCGAGCAAGUCGAACACCGCUUAGCUGAUGUCGAAGAAGAAAUUAGUCGGCUAAAGAGACUUAUACCCGCCUCGUUUCUACGGGGAAAACAACAUGUUCUCUUCCCACGUAGUAUUUCUGGUCGUACCGAUGAUCUCUCAGAAACCACAUAUCCCGAGGAGUCGCUGAAUGUUGAGGAUGGAAGCGUUACGCAGGGGAUUACCCCCGACGCAACAGAUGGUGUUGGUACUAUUGAAUUUACCACAGACGAGUCUUGGGCGUACUUCGGGCCUUCAUCCAACAUUGCGUUCACAAGAAUCAUCCGCCGCACGCUCGACCAUUUACUGAACAAAAGCCAGAGAGAUGAGCGGGGAGAGACAUCUUGUACACCUGCAAAGCAAGCACAACAACACAUUCUGGCCGUUUCUAGAUCUCAGUCCCCAGUCACAGAUUCCUUCGACUCAAGGAAACUCGAAAAACCGUCCGAGGCAUCUCGUCUGCCGCCUGAAGAAGAAGUCGUCAAUCUUGUGCGCCAAUUCUUCCGUGACACGGGUCUUCUAUUCCCCUAUAUCCACGAAGAGAGCUUCUGGAAAACGUACGCUCAGUACAGAGCAACUGGUAUGCAGAACGUGAAAACUGCAUGGCUUGCACUGUUACACAUGAUUCUGGCCAUGGCUACGAGCACCAUGAACGCUACAGGGGUAGGUUUGGGCGACCGCCAGGCGAUAUCAGAGGUUCAUUACCGGCGAGCCAAAGCCCUUUCAAUGACGGAGAUGAUGAUAGGAGCCAAUGUCGAAGCAGUCCAGGCUAUGCUCCUCAUGUCACAGUACCUUCAAGGCAGCCAACGGUCUAUACAGACAUGGGCCAUCCACGGACUCGCUGUGAAAGCCGCGCUCGAAUUAGGUUUCCAUUCAGAAUUGGCUCUUCAAAGAUUCGAACCACUUGAACGAGAAAUCAGAAUACGUACUUGGUAUGGAUGUGUGGUACUCGACAGAACGCUGAGCAUGACCUUCGGCCGGCCGCCCAUCAUUCCGCAAAACUAUAUCCGAACACCUCUGCCAAAACACUUCAUUUCUCAUCAAAGAACAUCCGAUAUCUCGAGAUGGUCUAACGAGGAAGAGAGUACUGCGUUUUGGAAUGCAUCCAUAACGCUGUACGGGGUUACCGCCGCCGUAAUCGACGAACUAUACGAAAGCAAUAUUGGAUCAAUAUCGGCCAUCCCGUUAACAAACACCGUGGCUAGUGUGAUACAGAUCGGACAGAAACUCGCUGACUGGCAAGCAUAUUUACCCCUCUCGAUGCAGCUUGUGGAGCCGAAUGAAGUCGCCAGCCCUGAAGGGAAGAUGAUGUUACUGAAGUUCCGUGUGAUACUAACGCUCCGGUAUCACAACCUGCAACUACUGUCGCAUCGCCCAAUACUAGACCGCUGUCUACAAUCUUUCGAUGGAAGCCCUCAGUCACCCCAAGAAGCCGCCACGCUGCAACAGGCGUGGCAUCUCAGUAGAACAGUAUGUCUGCGGUCUGCUGAAGCUAUCAUCCGCUUAGUUGAAGCCUGUGAACUUGCGAAUGAUGUACAGCCUACGGUCUCCUUCCUUGGGGCGUGGUGGUUCAGUUUAUACUUCACCUUCAAUGCCUCCUUAAUUAUUGUUGCGACUAAGCUGGUCGAGGACAGUUAUGGGUCCAUGCCCUUUGAUCAAGGCUACACAAACACCGCUAUACGGCUUGACGAUAUACUGAAGAGUGCAGUGAGUUGCAUUGCGCGACUGGACAUCCAGAACCCCAUGGUGGAAAAGUGCGCGAAGUUUACUGCAACCUUGAUCUUCAUGGUUCAGAGCUUGCAUAUGACUCCGGGCCGUGACGAUGCCGCCCGCGAGGUGGGAGGAAUGGUGCCCAGCCAGACAAUUCCUUUAGACGGAGGUGAGAAUGCGCAGACCACGCAAAUGGCGUCGAAUGGAGGAAUGGAUGAAGCCUUCUCAAACUUGAUGAACUACCUCCCACCUAACUUCAAUGAUUUCCCCAACACUGCCGCAAACUUCUCGAUGUCCGAGUUGAUGGACGAUUUUGCUACAGGGGACUUGUUUUGGUAGGCUCUAGUCACUCGACUUUGGUCACUGCAUGUACAUAUUCGAAACUUGUUGUCAUAUAAUCAAAGCUCUCCAACUACUUUUCACAAGCGCUAGAUAAGAGUCCUUGUUAAUAAUAGCAAGUCAUCAAGGGCGGUGGGCG